AUGGCUGAAAUAGAUGCCGAAAAGAUGCAGCUGGAUGGCCAGCAACUGUACACUUGCUUGUCGUGCACCAUCGCCUUUCUCUCCGCCGAAGAGCAGCGGCUGCACUACCGCUCGGACCACCACAGAUACAAUAUGAAGCGUCGUGUCGCAAACCUUCCGCCCGUCAGCGUUGCACUCUUCAAUCAGAAAGUUCUCGAGCGAAGGCAGGAGACCGCGGUCAUGCUCUCCCCCAAGGGCCAGACCUGCGAUGUUUGCAACAAAUCUUACACGACCGAAAACGCAUACCGGUCGCAUGUACAGUCCAAGAAGCACAAGGAGAACGAGAUCAAGGCGCUCUCUAAGCCCAAGACGGCAACCCCUGCUGAGGAAGCAGACCCAGACACCGUCCCCUCAGCCGAGCCCAUCGCCUCUACCUCGACCGCACUUGAGAUCAUCGAAGAGACCCCCGCUCCGACCGGACCGGGGAUCAGUCUGGCUAUGGACGUCGACGCAACGGAGGAUGAAGUGAACAUGACCAUCGACCAGAAGAUUGCCGCCGCACGCUCUGGGCUUACCAACUCGCACUGCCUCUUCUGCUCGACCGUAUCUUCUUCAUUAGAAGACAACCUGACGCACAUGUCCUCCGCCCACUCGUUCUUCAUCCCCGACGCGGAGUAUCUGGUGGAUCUACCCGGCUUGCUGACAUACCUCGGCGAGAAGGUUGCCGUAGGCAACGUUUGUCUGUACUGCAACGGCAAAGGCCGUGAGUUCCGUACAAUCGAUGCCGUGCGUAAGCAUAUGGUCGACAAGAGCCACUGCAAGAUCGCGUACUCGACGGAGCCGGAGAUGAUGGAGAUCGUGGAUUACUACGACUUCUCGGCAUCAUAUCCUGACGCUGAGCAGCGUGCGGCGAAGAAAGCCGCUCGUGAUGAGCGUAGGAGGUUACGUGAAGAGCGUCGUGCUUCGAAGGCUCAGGAGGAGGCGGAAGAGGGUUGGGAGGAGGACGAGGAUAUGGACGACGCAGAGGCAGACGAAGUCAUCGAAGAAGAGGCAUCGGCUUCCGAGGAGUCGGAGAGCGAGUCCGAGUCUGAUUCAGAGGACGAUGAGCCCGAGAACCAGGUCACUUUCGGCGACACGCACUAUGAGCUCGUACUGCCGAAUGGCAAGCGCCUCAUUCACCGCGACAUGCAGCGCUACUUCAAGCAGCGCAUCUCGCUCGCGCCACACCGCGGACCGCGCGGCGAGGACCCGAAGUCCGGCCAGGCGCUUGUACGCCGCCUGCUUGCGGACAAAAACUCUGCACUUGUACCACGCAAGGGUGGCUUUGGCGCAUACGGACAGGGUACCGAUGUCAUCAAGGCGCGCAAUCGCGGUGAGGCCCGUGAGGCUGGACGCCAUGUGCGCGAGUUCCGCGACCAAAAGCGCAGGGAGCACUUCAAGACCCAGGUCGCUUUUCGGAACAACAACCAGAAGCAUUUCCGCGACCCUCUCUUGCAGUAA